GUGACAGGCGUUUUUAUGAAGAACUGGGACCCUCUGGAUGAGCAAGGAGCUUGUUCCAUUGACAGAGAUUGUGAAGAUGCUUACCGGGUUUGUCAGAAACUUGAUAUUCCUUUUCACCAGGUUUCCUACGUGAAAGAAUACUGGAAUGAAGUAUUCAGUGACCUCUUAAAGGAGUAUGAAUUGGGAAGGACUCCUAAUCCUGAUAUUGUGUGUAACAAGCAUAUCAAAUUCAACUACUUUCUUCAUUAUGCUAUGGAUAACCUUGGAGCAGAUGCAAUUGCUACUGGGCAUUAUGCUAGGACCUCACUAGAGGACGAGGAAGUGUUUCAACAAAAACAUAUGAAAAGACCGCAAAGGCUUUUCAGAAACCGUUUUGAAGUUAGAAAUACUGUGAAACUCCUUCAAGGGGCUGACCUCUUUAAGGACCAGACCUUCUUUCUAAGUCAGAUCUCACAAGAUGCUUUGAGGAAAACCAUUUUCCCUUUGGGGGAUUUAACAAAAAGUUAUGUAAAGAAGAUAGCAGCAGAACAUGGACUUCAUCAUGUGCUAAAGAAAAAAGAGAGUAUGGGAGUCUGUUUCAUUGGUGAAAGAAACUUUGAAAAUUUCCUUCUUGAGUAUUUAGAACCUCAACCAGGUAAUUUUGUUUCCAUUGAAGAUAAGAAGGUGAUGGGAACACACAAAGGUUGGUUCCUCUAUACAAUAGGCCAGAGGGCUAGACUAGCAGGCCUGAAGGAUGCUUGGUUCGUUGUAGACAAAGAUGUCAGCACUGGAGAUAUCUUUGUGGCACCAACAACAGAUCACCCUGCCCUGUACAGAGAUUUACUGCGGACAAACAGAGUGCACUGGAUAGCAGAGGAACCUCCUGCAGAGCUUGUUAGAGAUAAAAUGAUGGAAUGUCAUUUCAGAUUUCAGCACCAGAUGGCACUGGUGCCUUGUGUUCUGACUCUAAACCAAGAUGGGAGUGUGUGGGUGACACUAGUGAAGCCAGCAAGAGCUAUCACACCCGGGCAGUUUGCUGUGUUCUACAAGGGUCAUGAGUGCCUGGGCAGUGGGAAGAUUCUAAGGAUAGGGCCAUCGGUCUACACCAUGCAACAGGGGAAAAACCGAGAUGAGAGUCCACAGGAGGAAGAGACUGACCAGACAGAACCAGCAACAUAACA